AUGAGGAGCAAGUUAAUGGAUCAGCUUCACAAUGAAGUCCAGCAUUUGAGGGCUUCGGAUCAUCGCCUAGCCCGGCAGUGCAUCCGAUCGAUUAUUGUCAUGGAAUCACAGUCCGGCUGUCGCAGUAUACUGAAACUGCCCCGUCGCCUUGAAGGCUUCGCGCAACUCGAAACGGUAAAUCAUAUCUUUGAUGAAUCUGAUCUCAAUGCGCUGAAUAUCUUAAUGCACCAGUCUCUAUCACGUCGGAAAGCGGCCGAGAGAUUUGUUGAGAUCCUGCGUGCGCUGGAGGUUGCAGUGGAUCAACUGGACCUGGGAAAUCGGUGA